AGGAAAAUUAAGGGUAACAUUCAUGAAAAAAGUUAUGAUCAUUUGUAUUAUAAUAUACGGUUAAGGAUCUUGGUAAGGGAGACCCUAAAGGAAAAUUUCAAGGAAAAGAUACAGUAAAGGUUAAGAGAAAAGUUAAGGGUGAGGGAAAUUAAAACGUUAAAGAAAAAGUGAGAAAAAAGGGGGAAUAUGAAGGUCCAAUGAAAAUCUAAGGGGAAUCUUUAGGGAAAAGUGAAGGUAAUGGGCAAUUUUAAAAACAAAAGGUUAAUGGAAAAGUUAAGGAAGGUAGGGAAAAAUUAAGGGGAAUGUUAAGACAGAAGGUAAAGAGAAGUAAAGGAGAAGUUAAGGGUAUUAUUCAUGGGAAAAUGUAUGAUUAUUUCUAUUAUAUAGGCUAAGGAGAAUGUUAAGGGAAAUUUUAAAGGAAAAGUUAAGGGUUUUAUUAAAGGAAAAAGUUACAGUAAAUGUUAAUAGAAAAGUUACGAUAAAUGUGAAGGGGAAUAUUAAGGAAAUUAUUUUAAAAAAAAUAGUUGAGGAAAAAGUGACAGAAAAGGGGGAAUGUUAAGGUUCAAUGAGAGCUGGCUCUAAAAUUAUCUCCAUUUAGUAUUUACGUGGGAGCAACAACACAAGUGAUUUUUUUUUAAUUCAGGUGUCAAGGGGUUAAAUAGCCUUUUUUUUUGUUAAUCCCUGUACUACUUAGCAUGUUUACAGUAGAAGUGGGGUCAUCUGGAUGUUAGGGUGUUAGCUUGAAUAGCUGUCUCAUUUGGACUUUUUAGCGUCUACAGUUCCUUAAUCCAUUCAGUGUUUAAAGUUCUCUACAAAUAAAGUUACAGUGAAACCUCAACAGAAGUUUAAAAAUAUCAUUUAAAACAGCAUUAAUACCAUAAAUAGAGAAACGUCAAAUGUUUUCAAAUAAUUUAACCGGACAUUGUGUUAUGAAAGCUGUUUCUGGUGACAUCUAGUGGUGAAGGUGGAACAUUGCACUACACUAAAGCAUCCGAUGACGUCACUUCCGGUUAUCUUCCUGUUUAUCUUCCCCACCAGCCGUUUCAUACGGGUCUGCAUUGAAUGAAAUAUUUCAAGUUGUUCUAAAACUGAACUUCCAUCUCCCUUCAAAAUGCUGCUAAAGCUAUAGCUAACGGUGGCCAUGUUUGCCAAAAUGGACGUUUCUUUACACAAACUUUAAGGCUUCCGCCGUUUCUCCUCUGGCGCUCUUUCUGAAUCUGCGGACGCAUGUCGCGGCUCCGGAUCACCCUCGACAGCGUGACCAAGGCGGUCGGCAGCACGGAGCUCGCCUCCAAGUUCUCCAGGUUCAAACCCGGCAGUCACGCGUCUGACGGCGCCCGGGCAGACAAACGUCCAACCAGCACGGGGAAGGUGAACACGGCAGCUGUGUCGCCGCCUCAAGACCCAACGGAGGACGAAGGCGGGAAGACGACAACGGCGGAGGAUUCGUCAGAUAAGCAGCGAGCUCCGGAAACGCCUUUUGUUGCCACGAAGACCUCCACGCCACACGCCGCUCAGGAGGCGAAUCCUUCCACUCUGAGUUCUUCAUCAGCGACCACCAAGCAGCUUUUCCACCCCGCCGCUUUGACCGCCAACAUGGAUGAAACCUACAAGUCGCUGUCUCACCACAUCAACAGCUAUUUUGGCACAGAGGACGGAGAGAACAGGCAGCGGCACGGUUCCGACGCCGUUCCUCACGUCACGCCAUCUAGAACCGAUCACACUCCGGUUUUGUCUCCGGUGUCAGACACAAAGGGUCCGGUUUCUCCCGACCCACCUUCGCCACCAGAAAAGCUCCAUCCUACUGCCGUUGAGGCCGAAAAGUCCGUCCCCGCCCUCGUCACGCCGCCGAGAAAGGGCUUCACUCAGUAUCUGUCCUACCCGCGCCCCAGCGUCCAGGCCUUCGUGGGCAGCUACAUCGCUCCGCUGGUCCCCAAAUUUCGCGGCGAGUCCAAAAAGACGGAUGCGCUUUCAGCGGCGGCGGUAGUGGAAGAGCCCGCCGUGGACAAGGCGUUGGAGAAGACCGAGAGCGAACAGGAGAAAGCAGAGAGGGCCAAACAGCUGCUGCUGAGUCAGCGGGAGAAGAUAAUCGCCAGAGUGAGUUUGGACAACAGGACCCGAGCUCUGGUGAAAGGCCUGCAGAGGGUCAGCGACGUGAAGCUCCUCACCACCCGAGUGGAGGAGCUCAGCUUCCACCUGCUGGAGUUUCCAGAGACCCGAGCCGUGGCCAUCAAAGAGAGCUUGCUUCCGUGUCUGCUGCGUCUGCGGCAGGCCAGCGACCUUCCUCUGAAGGCUGCCGUGAGGGAGGCGCUGGCCGCGCUUGGCUACAGCGAUCCGGUCAAAGGCAGAGGAAUACGAGUGCUGUCUAUUGACGGUGGAGGAACACGAGGACUGUUGGCUCUCCAGACACUCCAUAAGUUGGAACAUCUCACUGGAAAAAGAAUCCACCAGCUCUUUGACUACAUCUGUGGUGUCAGCACAGGCGCCAUCCUGGCGUUCAUGCUGGGCAUUUUCCAGAUCCCGCUGGACGAGUGCGAGGACUUGUACCGGAAGCUAGGCUCCGACAUUUUCAAGCAGAACGUCAUCGUGGGAACGGUGAAGAUGGGCUGGAGCCACGCCUUCUACGACAGUGAAAUGUGGGAAAGUAUCCUCAAAGAGCGGCUCGGUGAGGUGCGCAUGAUUGAGAGCGCGAGGGAUCCCAACAGUCCUAAAGUGGCAGCAGUGAGCACAAUUGUAAACAGAGGUCUGCCUCUGAAGGCCUACGUGUUCAGGAACUACCGGCUCAUGCCUGGGGUGCGAUCCCACUACCUUGGAGACUGCAAACACAAGCUGUGGCAGGCCAUCCGCGCCUCGUCCGCCGCCCCCGGAUACUUCCAGGAAUUUGUUCUCGGAAAAGACCUUCAUCAGGAUGGGGGGCUUCUCAUCAACAACCCCACGGCUCUGGCGAUUCACGAGUGUAAGUGUCUGUGGCCAAACACGCCCCUGCAGUGCGUGGUGUCGCUGGGCACCGGGCGGUACGAGACGCUGGGCAAGAACAGCACCACCUACACCAGCCUGAAGACCAAGAUCUCUCAUGUCAUCAGCAGCGCCACAGACACCGAAGAGGUCCACACCAUGCUGGACGCCCUCCUAUCCCCUGACACGUACUUCCGCUUCAACCCCUACAUGAGCGAGGACAUCCCGCUGAACGAGAGCCGGGAGGAGAAGCUCAACUUCCUGAAGAGCGAAGGAGAGCGCUACCUGCAGUGCAACGAGGCCAAGCUGAAGAAGGCGGCCAGCGUGCUGGGCCAGGAGAAAGGAGCUAUCCAGAGACUGGCCGAGUGGGCCAAACUCAAAUCCGACAUGUACGAGGGAAUUUCCUUCAGGUCCAAACUGUAGUUAGAAACCCGGAAAUCUUGAGUUCUGAAGAGGUUGGGCCAGGGGUCUGCAACCCUUUCUCACCGACAACCCAGUAGGAGCCACAAAGUCUGACUUCACCUUUUAGAAAAAUACAGAUUUAUAUUUAUGUUAUUUUUACUAGUCUGAUAAAUAUAAUUAGCUAUUAGUUUUUAUGGUCAUAAGUUACACAAACGGAACCUUUUUUUUUUCAAAAUAUGACAUAGUUGAUAACUUUUCACAAUACUUUCUUUCUAAAAUAAGACCAUCUUUUGUAACAUAGGAUAAUCUCAAUGCAGCAAAUUUUAUAGUGUGAUGUCAGCAGUGAUAAAAAAAAAAAAAAAAACACAUUAUUUUGUGGUGCAUCACUACAGAGCCCCUAAAGGAACGUACAAGUAAAAAAAAAAAGUUGAAGCCAUUUUUUUCUCGUUAGUAACAAGUGUAAGUGGUGCAUACCAGAUAGUAACUGGUGCACACCAGAUAGUAACCAGAAAAAAAGGUUUUUCACUUAAAUAAAAAAAAAAUUCUGGUUAAUAAUUGGUGUAACUGAUCUGCACCAGAUAGUAACUGAUGCGCAACACAUAGUAACUGGUGCGCACCAGAUUGUAAUUGGCACACAUCAGAUAGUAAGUAAAAGGCACCAGAUAAUAACUGGCACGCACCAGAUAAUACCUGGCUUGCAACAGAUAGUAACGAAUGCGCACCAGAUAGUAACUGGCGCGCAACAGAUAGUAACUGGCGCGCAACAGAUAGUAACGGAUGCGCACCAGAUAGUAACUGGCGCGCAACAGAUAGUAACGGAUGCGCAACAGAUAGUAACGGAUGCGCAACAGAUAGUAACUGAUGCGUAAAACAUAGUAACUGGUGUGCACCAGAUUGUAAUUGGCACACACCAGAUAGUAAGUAACAGGCACCAGGUAAUAACUGGCACGCACCAGAUAAUACCUGGCUUGCAACAGAUAGUAACGGAUGCGCACCAGAUAGUAACUGGCGCGCAACAGAUAGUUACGGAUGCGCAUCAGAUAGUAACUGGCGCGCAACAGAUAGUAACGGAUGCGCACCAGAUAGUAACUGGCGCGCAACAGAUAGUAACGGAUGCGCACCAGAUUGUAACAGAUGCGCACCAGAUAGUGAAUGGCGUGCAACAGAUAGUAAUUGAUGCGAACCAGAUAGCAACUGGUGUGCAAUAGAUAACUAAUGUGCACACCAGUUAGUUAGUAAGACACACCACAUAGUAACUGGUGCGCAACAGAUAAGAACUUGCGCAUCAGGUACCAACUCGAGCGCGCCAGAUAGUUACUCGGGCAUAACAGAUAAUAACCAGGACAAAAGAGUUUUUAUCUUAAUUUAAAAGAAAAAAAAGGUUAAUAAUUUGUGCGCACCAGUUACUAACCAGAAAAAAUAUAUAUUUUUUUCAUUUUUUUUUUCCUCAUUGUACCUUUAGGGCUUCUGUACAUCACAGCCAGAAAUUUAAAAUGUUUCCAACUAAAAUUAAAUUAGAUCUAAUAAAGUAACCCUUACCGUUUUUUUUUUACAUAACUGAAUUAGUUUUUUAGCUUAAAUUGUGAUACAUUAUGAUGACAUUACAGUUACGGUUAAAAUGACAAACUUUAUUUUCUAACCAUAGAGCCACACAGGUUGCAAACCCCUGGUUUAAUCCAAAGCGGAAUGUUUCCAGGGUUAAAUCCUUAUUUUUCAUACAAAAAAGUGCUGUUGUAACGUAAACUUUAUAUAAAGGAAAACUGGUACUACUUGGGAUCUCACGAUACAUUUCGUUGUGCUAACAUCCCCUUUAGAAAACCCCAAAUUUAGUUGGAAUGUUCCAUUUUGUAGAAAUUCAGUGGUACAGCUCCAGAAAUUGAACAUUUUCAGUCUAAAAAUGAGUUGAAAAUUACCACAAAAGCUAAGAUUUAUCUGAGAAACGUUGGGUAGUUGGGCGAGAUCGUGCCUAAAAUUGGUGCCAAUGGACAAAUCGAUCCGUGAAUGGGGAUUAGUAAGUGUGAAAAUGCCACUGAAGGGUUUUUUUUGGGUGGUGUGAGCUGGAUGUUGUGGAGCACUAUUUAAGCCUCAGACUGGUUAGCUGAUUGAUUAUUUAAAGAAACGGGCUGUAAUUGGGAGUGACUAGAACCAGCUGCUAUGUACAGAAGUGUUGAUUCAUGACAUUAAACGAGAGCUAGGGUUCUAAAUCCAGCGCUGGGUUUGGACCCCGACGGACAUUUCAACUCGACCUCAGGAAUUUGUGCUACCUUGUAGGGAAAUAAAAGACGAGCAUGCUUUUUCUUUUAAUAUAUUUAUGAUUUUUAUGACCAUACAGUGUUAUGAAAUGUGUUCCUUGUGGAACAGCAUGUGUUUACGAUGGUCAUAGAAAUCAAACUCAAUUUAUUUCAAAUGAAUUUAGAACACUUAUGGCACAAAUGAACAAUUUAGCUAACAUAUGGUGUUAGAUUUAUGUCAUAAGUCAAUGUGACGGUGAAUCAAACUCCGCCCGUGGAUUGAACGAGGAGAACUUCGGGGGUCUGAAUUGUGGAACGCUCAAUCUCUGUGGAGUUUGAUACACACUUAUAGAGACUUUUGACAUGAACGUAACGCCAUACUAAUAAAGUUCAAAACCCCCUGAAAAUGUUUAUUUUAAUUAAAAAAAAAAGCUAAUAUAAAGAUGAAAAUCUAGUAAGGAUUUUGUAUAAACAAUUGAUGUGUGAAUCUUUCUAUGAAACUGUAUUCAAGGUAAUUUAGAGAUUAAGAUAAAACAAAAAUGUACGUUGGACGAUACCCAACAUCGCAGCAAAAAAUAAAAAUAACUGUGUAAAAACAAAAAAGAGAAUCUCUCUGAAUAAAAACAAAAGGCGGUUGCAAAUAAAACAAACAUUGCUGCAAAUAAAAAAGUCACAUUGGAAGUGGAACAUUUUUGUUUUUUACUUUUAUUAUUUUUUAUUUGCUGCAGCUUUUGCUUUUUUUUUUUUUUGGAGCAUUUAUUUUAUUUGCUGCACGGUUUGUUUUAUAUGCAGCAGCUUUUUUUAUUUACAGCAGUGUUUUCUUUUAUUUUGUUGCAGCUUUUCUUUUGUUCACAACAGUUUCCUUUAUUUGCAGCGUUGCUUUUUUUGUUCGUACAUUAUAUUUUUUUGUCGGCCACUAUCAAAAUGUAACUGAAAAUGCACAGCAGAUAUUACUGCCCACUUGUCAAAUUGUACAUAAAAAAAAAGAAAUUGCACUCUGUAUUGAAUUAACCUGUAAUUGAUGGAAAAUGUAAAUAUUGUUUUUAAAAAGAUAAAGUUUAGGGUAAAAUCUGUCCAUGUUAGGUUGUGAUUUUCACUGCCUGCCCAAUACCUGUCACAAAUAAGUUGUAUCUAGAUUCACUAAUUUCCUUUUUUCAUCACCUGAACUCACUUUGUAUCCUAACAAUCUCAGAUGCUGGGAUUGUUCUCUUUCCAAUUGUUCAAAAUAACUUGAAAUGACCCCAAAUGUCAUUAAAGAAAACUGGAUCUAA